ACAGCUUCUGGCUUGGGAGUGCUACAGUCAAGUUAAUUGCUGAGGAAUUUUGAAAGUUUCCUUGCCAAGGUAGGCUUCUGAAUUUCAGAAAGGACUGCAUGUUGAUGAAAGCUGAAUUGAAGGAAAAAGGAAAAGCUUUGGAACCCUGGUUUCCUGAUUUUUGCCAACGUAAUUGAAGGAAUUGCUUGAAUCAAGGGUCUCAAGUCUCCCUGCUCAAACCUUUCUGUUAGGUUUGUACGGAAAAGAACUGGAGGAAUCUGACUGAUCGUACCAGAGCAUUGCACAUACACAUUAAGUUCCUUCAAAAUGGACUACUUUUUGGAUGUCGAGUCUGCUCAGAGAAUGUUUUACAGUCAAGGAGCCCAAGCUCGUCGGGCAACUCUGCUCACUGUGCCCACACUGAUGUCAGCAUCUUCUGAGGAAGACAUAGACCGGAGACCCAUCAGAAGACUCCGGUCUAAGAGUGACACCCCAUACUUAGAAGAAGCUAGAAUCUGCUUCAACCUUGACACAGCUCGCCGGGCCACGCUGCUCACCGUGCCCACAUUAAUGGCGGCAUCUUCCGAGGAGGACAUCGACCGCAGACCCAUCCGCCGCGUCCGCUCCAAAAGCGACACUCCGUACCUCGCCGAGGCCCGCAUCUCUUUCAACCUCGAGGCAGCUUCUCUGCGGGGAAGGAAUCCAAGUCUGCAAAACGUUUGCCAGGGAUCUCCAGAUGCGAAGCAAGCCCAUCAGAGCAAUAGACUAAGCCUGCCUCUGGACAUUUCGGAGGAAGUGGAAAGACUGGCUGCAAUGCGUUCAGAUUCUCUAGUACCUGGGACCCACACACCUCCAAUCAGAAGAAGAAGCAAAUUUGCCACUCUUGGAAGACUUUUUAAGCCAUGGAAAUGGAGGAAGAAGAAGAGUGAAAAAUUUAAGCACACUUCUGCAGCUUUGGAAAGAAAGAUAUCAAUGAGGCAAAGCAGAGAGGAACUCAUAAAACGAGGAGUGCUGAAGGAAAUUUUUGAUAAAGAUGGGGAACUUUCCAUACCAAAUGAAGAAGGAGCUUUGGAGAAUGGGCAGCCUCUGGGCUCUGGACAAGUGCUGAGCUCCAGCCAGGUAUCCCUGCCAGCCCUAGCAGAACUGGAGUCAGGCGCAGCACCUGGGGAACCCUGCUCGUACGAGGUGCUCCCAACCACAGAGAUCAUGGAUGGGACAGUGUCUGAAGAGAGCCCCACAUCCAACGAAUCCGGCGUCCUCCUGUCCCAAGAUCCUACAGCUAAGCCAGUCCUGCUACUUCCCCCCAAAAAAUCUGCUGCUUUCCCUGGAGACCAUGAGGACACCCCAGUGAAACAGUUGUCCCUCCUCAAACAGCCCCCUGCCCUGCCUCCUAAACCUAUUGCCAGGAUUGCCAGCCACUUAACUGAUCCUGGCGCUCCUGUGAAACUGCCUUGUAUGCCAGUUAAACUGUCACCUCCACUACCUCCAAAGAAAGUCAUGAUUUGCAUGCCUUUAGGGGGGCCAGACCUCUCCUCUCUCUCAUCCUAUUCCACACAGAAGAGCUCCCAGCAGCCUUUGACUCAGCACCAUCACACUGUCCUGCCAUCCCAGUUAGCAGCUCACCAGCACCAGCUCCAGUACGGCAGCCACAGCCAGCACCUGCCUUCUGGGUCCAGCACGUUGCCCAUUCACCCUUCAGGGUGCCGGAUGAUAGAGGAACUGAACAAAACGCUAGCCAUGACCAUGCAAAGACUAGAAAGCUCUGGUUUACACACAGGUGACAAUGUUACAAAAACAGGACCUGGAGGCCUUCCAGACAUGAGACAAGUGCCAACCGUUGUGAUCGAAUGCGAUGACAAUAAAGAAAAUGUGCCUCAUGAAGCUGACUAUGAAGAUUCUUCCUGUCUCUACCCAAGACAGGAAGAGGAGGAAGAGGAAGACGAAGAUGAGGAUAACUCAUUAUUUACAAGUUCCCUGGCAAUGAAAGUCUGCAGAAAGGACUCUUUAGCAAUCAAACUCAGCAACAGACCUUCCAAGCGAGAGUUGGAGGAAAAGAACAUCCUCCCUAUGCAGACUGAUGAGGAGAGACUUGAACUUAGGCAGCAGAUUGGGACAAAGUUAACAAGACGACUGAGCCAGAGGCCGACAGCUGAAGAGUUGGAGCAGAGGAACAUUCUGAAACCCCGGAACGAGCAAGAGGAGCAGGAAGAAAAACGAGAGAUAAAGAGAAGAUUAACACGUAAGCUGAGUCAAAGGCCCACGGUAGAGGAGCUGCGUGAGAGGAAGAUCCUCAUCCGCUUCAGCGACUAUGUGGAGGUGGCUGACGCACAGGACUAUGAUAGGAGGGCGGACAAACCCUGGACACGACUCACAGCUGCUGACAAAGCAGCCAUUCGAAAAGAGCUUAAUGAAUUUAAAAGCACUGAAAUGGAAGUUCAUGAAUUAAGUAGGCAUCUAACAAGGUUUCAUAGACCGUAGCAGUUCAAUUCUACCUGACUACUAUGCCGUCUUCAAAACAUAACUAAAAGGAACCAUAAGUGCUGGUAUUAUUCACUUCCCUGUUAUGUACAAUGUAAAUCUUAUGAACUGCCUUUUUAAGAAAAAAAAAAAAGAAAGAGUAGAUGAAUAUUUAAAAAUAUAAAAGAAAAUUGUAUGUACAUGUGAUGGGUACUGCAGCAUCAUCUGACCUGCUGGCUCAAGCUUCAAUUACAGAAAAUACCCCUGGUGGGAAUCGUGCCAAGACGUGGCAUCAUGUGUAAGACUUUCCUGGCAUGUGGAUUUGCCAUACGUGUUCAAGCCCAACUGGUAGGGCAUCCAUUAGUUCAUCUUCAGGUAUCCCUCACCCUAACAAGCCUCUGUCAUCAACCUGAGAAAGCCCUGAGACGGUGUUCAGGGGAACCGCUGGCCUGGGUGGAGUCUCCAGCAGACCUGCACUUACGGCACUAAAGCAUUUCCUUAUACCAAGCACUCCUUUCGGUCUGCAAGCAUCUUGCAAGGACAGGGAAGGAGCAGAACUACUCCGGGGGGGGGGGGGCCACCUCAUCUGCAAAUAUCAUCUGACUAGAAGCUGUUUGCCUACCCUCGAAAAGCUUAUGGCAGCAGUUGGCUCCUAAGAAGGAAAAAGGACUCCCUACAUGGUCACUGCAUGGCGUUCUGUCAGCUUGUAGCUUGUUUUCAUGCUCAAGCCUCAGGAUUGUGUGAGGGCACACACCUCCAGCAGCAAGAAGGGCUGGGAUUGCCACCUGCGCUGCAGAGGGUACACCAUGGGAGACGUGGGGGUUGACUGGGGGUAGCUAUCCUCCCUGUAUCCGGUGUAAAGAACUGACCCUAACUGCAUACUGAGAAAAGCAUGACGGUGUGUUACCUGGCCUAACAAAGGAAGGCUGUUGCAUUGGUGUGGAUGGUGGGACUCCUCACUGGUAUGGGUAGCUGAGGCAUAACGACAGAAAUCCAGGGGCAUGCUGCUUUAGUUUUAUUUUUAUUACAAUGGUUUAACAGAUGAACUGACCCUGCAGGGCUCAGAGAGCUGGACGCUCUGGGCCUGGUUUACCUGCCUACUUGAGUGUGUGCUUAAUGCAAACUAAGCAAGCAUGCAGACAGUCUCACUGAAAUCGAGACCAGGUCUCACACGUUUCAUUGAAGCUGAACACAUUUAAGUGCUUUUCUGAACGUAGGCCAAUGCCUUUCAGAUUCGAGUCCUUAACUAGUAUAAUGCCAGCAAGCAUGGGCAAAUGUUGUCUACGAGUCCUUUCUAGCUCUCACAGGAAACUAUUAUGCUGUUUUGGGUCAGUGAUCCAAAGCACAAUAGCAACAUUACUGUAGGUUCCAGAUUAUUACUUCAGGACACCUUUUUACUUCUAUAAUAGCUAUUAUGCUUAGAAAGUUUGAAGAGAGAGGCCAACAUUUGUUAACGAAAGCACUGUUAUUAUUUCUGUCAUUUUUUUUCCCCCUUUCUGUCUUCCAGUAUCUAUCUACCCCUCUGUGCUCCCAUUCUGCCUCCAUGCUAACCUUGCCCUUCACUGACUGUGGGCCAAGAGGACACUCCCUUGCAUAAGCAUUUUUCUGGCCAAUACUGCAUAAUGCCAAGUACUCCCACCUCAUCUCAGGCUGACACUGUUUUGCAGUUACUUUCCUGAGAAGCUGGGGAUCAUGGUUUUUAAAUUUAUUCACAUGUACAUGAAACAAGAUUGCAUCACAGGAUUUAAAAAGGGAAAACAAAACUCUAGGCUUUUGACUACAUAUGCGGCAUCAGGAAAGGGCUCUGCAACAUUGCCGAGGAGCAACAAGCCCUCCUCUUCCCUGCAGAGAGCCUAUACCACUCAGGCUUCAUUAGCCUAGAGCUUCAGUAUGGAAGGGAAGGAGAGCACUUCAGGCACAGCAGUGACAGAAGCUGGUGGGAAGGAAGAAAGAGUUUUUUUUUUUUAAUUUUAUUAUUAAAAUGAAGUGGAAAGAAGUAGAAGUAGCAGGCUGUUUUCAGUGCAAGAGCCUACAGGGAAUGGGUGGUCUAGGGGCAACAUCACAUACUGCUACUUGUCCCUGACAGCAGGUAGCCUAAACUAACCCUUCAGCAGUGGUUGAAGGGCAUAACAGCCAGGUCUCAGUAAAUGCUAAUCAGUCCCCAGUGGACCCAAAGCAGGUCCCUGCUGACUUCUGAGCAAGGUGUCUGGCUCUAGCCGCCUCAGGAUUCAUGUUGUCCCCAGGGCAAUGCUUUUAUUUUAUUAUUUUUUUUAAUUAUAUUAACUAACUUCUCAGAGUCAGAGCAGACACCGGGACACAGUGGAAGAACUGCCAGAUUUCCCCCAAAUCGCAAGUGUAGCCUGUUACUAAAAACAAGGAAGGAAGAGGAGAAAGAAGAUGAAGUGUUAGACACUAGUAAGCACUGCAGAACUGGCACCUCACCUGGCUUUAGCUUCAGCGGUUUGUGGUAUUUUGCAAAGUUAUCCUGUGACAAGGCAUUCUUCAAAAACCCAUCAGUGCCUGAACAUCAGAGCAUGUCUUCAGUGUGCAGACCCAGCUGUGUCAUUCUUGGGAAGUUGCGAGCAGGCUGGGGAACAGCUAGUCUGUUGUUUCAACCUGUCCUCUUGAGCACUCGGUUUUCUCAUCUGUGAAAGCCAUCUCUACCACAGCUGUGAUUCUGCUGGGAGAGGGAAAAAGUAGUCCUGAUUCCUCCAUCCUCCCUCUAGCUGGAUUAUGUGAAGGAAAUAAAUAAAGAUAGCAUUCCUGCUGAAGACUCGGUUACCACCAGUCAUUCUCAUUCAUAUUAGGAAGAGAUUAACAGUAGCAAUAAAGAAACUACAUCACAUUUUGAGAACGGAAAAAGUCAACACAGAACAAAAACUGGUAUUCCAACCACUGGUCUCCAGGGCUAAUAAUGGAUGUAAUAUACAAGAGUCAAGUUUUUGUUACUAUCUGCUGAAUCAUGGUGGGUUACUGCUACUUAAAAUGUACAAGUAGUAAGACCUGUCCUACAGCCUAUGAAAAGAUGAGCUGGAAACUGAGCAGGAAGAAAGGAAGAAUUGGAACAGCAACUGCAUAACUUCUAGAUGAAAGUUCUAUGGUUUGAAAAAAAGCGAUGGUGAGGUAGCACAACACUGGCAUCGCGUUCCUACCCACACUCUUUCCAGGAGUCAACUACAGGGACCUGGCAAUGGACUCAGGACCAACAGGGAAGGUCAGUGUUGUGGCCUUUCCACGCUCAAGGCACCACUUGUACUUGCAAGCUGAAAUAGUUUUAGGCUCCCUGGGACAGGGCUCAGACCAGCUUUUGUGUCUAGACAAUUCCUUUUGCACACUCCAGACAUUACUGGAAGAGGAAGAAGGAGGAAAAAAAUUAAUGUAAUAGAUUUUUAUUAACAAUUUUAUGUUAGCUGAAGCUUGGUAGUAAGCCCAUUCCACAGAUACAUUUCAGCCUAAGGCUUACAUGUAAAACCACAGCACUUUGUCACCACUGCAGCUGGUCACCAAACCCACUGUCCACUAUUUCUACAGUGCCAUCUGUACAGUGGAAACACUACAAACCAACGGAGUGGGAGCACUUCCGGCCUGCCUAGUUACAUUAAUGCUUGCACUUAGACAAAAAAAAAAAGGGCAAGAUGGAAAACGCAUAG